AUGGAACGCGAUGAAUGCCAUUCAUUGGUCGAGUCAAAUGGGCGCGGCUGGAGCGCGGACCGAUCAAUGAUGAAGAGGGCGCGCGGGCUGCAGGGGGAGGGGGCGGGGGCAGGGGGUGGCGGCGCCCCCCCCGGACCCCAUCACCGCCCCUGCAGACAACCGCCGCCGUUCCCGAUAAACAACCUCAAUAACAUCAACUGUCCCCGCGCCAUACGGGCGUCGGUCGCUUGGCCGCUAAAAAGGGGGGAAUGUUUGGCCGUGGGUGUGGUGAACUGCCCGGAUACAGAGUGGAUAUCCAGGAUCCAAAGUGGACGCGACCGGAUCCGAGCUCGCUACACCGAGACCUUAGAUGAAUGCGCCGCCGGAACAAAGGCAAAAGGGCCG